CCGAGGGGACUCGACUGGCUGCACUUGCUUCGAAUGAUGCGUCGAAGUCGUCAGUUCUUCAGCUGUUGCCACCCACCCAACACAAAAUGUGUUGCCAUUGUCAAGAGGAUGAGGGCCUCACUUUUGAACUCGCCAUACAUGCCGUCGUUCUUGUGGGCUGCGCUGGCCGCGCUAAUCGUCGCCGCUGACCCCGUGGCUGGGUACGUGGCCGAGCACAAGAUCACGUCGCUGCCCAACUACAACGACGACAAACCCAUCAACUUUGACCAGUACGCCGGCCACUUGGCGCUGCCGUCCACGGGCCAGCGCAUGUUUUACUGGCUCGUCGAAGCAGAAACCAACCCCGACACCGCUCCCAUCGCGCUCUGGCUCAACGGCGGGCCCGGCUGCUCGUCGCUCGUGGGAUUCUUUACCGAAAACGGCCCUUUCGUCGUUGCGUCCGACUUGUCCGUCAAGCGAAAUCCGUACGCAUGGAAUCGGCACAUGAACAUGGUGUACCUGGACUCGCCCGCCGGCGUCGGCUUCAGCAAGCCGCUGCUGAACGCGUCCGACUACAACAACGACGUAACGACCGCGCGGAUCUUUGAGUUCCUCGGAGUGUUCUUCGAUGCGUACCCGACGUACCAGAAGCGGCCGUUCUACGUCACGGGCGAGAGCUACAAUGGCAUGUACAUCCCGUACUUGGUGCAUCAGAUGGUGGCAAAGCCCAAGCCUACGAUCAACCUGGCAGGGUUUGCUAUUGGCAACGCCUACACUGACACCCAUAUCGACGGCAAGGCGUACUACGACUGGAUCUAUAGCCACGCACUCAUCUCUUUGGACACGUACACUGCAUUGAAAACCCAUUGCCAUGACGACAUCAGCGAAUGCUCUGACGGCACGAAGCAGUGCUCCCCAGAAUGUCACGCCGCGCUGCAUGAGUCCAGGGUUUCUUCCGACAUUGGCCACUUGAAUGAGUACUACAUCUACGGUGACGUGUGCUUGCUCAACUCGACCAAGCAAACCCAAUCCUUUACCUACCACCGCGUCCGCCCCAGCGUCCGCGGCAACAUUGGGCCGUGCGCCGACGUCUUCACGCAGGCGUACCUUCGCCUACCCCAAGUCCAGCAAGCCGUGCAUGUGACCGACGGCCUCGUAGCAUGGAUCGAAUGCAACGACGACGUGUCCCGCGUGUUCACGGGGUCGGCGUCGGCGCUCGACAAGUACCCGCUGAUCCUGUCCAAGGGACUCAAGGUGCUCAUCUACAGCGGGGACGCCGACUCCAACACUAACUUUAUCGGGUCCGAGCGGUGGCUCACGUCCGAGGGGCUGCAGUUGCCAGUUGUAUCCAAGUGGAAGUCGUGGUUUGGCCCUGACAAACAGCUCGCGGGGUACACACAGGGGUACCAGGGUCUGAACUACUCGACGGUCAAGGGUGCGGGGCACAUGGUGCCGGCUACUCGACCCCUGCACGGGUUGUACUUGAUCGAGUGUUUUAUCCACGGCCAAGACGUGUGUGACAAGGAGCUGCAGUACCCCGUAGACCGACUCGAGUACGUAAGUGGGCUCGUGACCAGCGUCGAGAGCCAGCAUGUGACACCGGCCGAGUGGCUGGCACUGGUGCUGCCGCUCGUGGUGGCGGUGGGUGCUGUGACGUGGUAUGCGUGGUGGAAGCGCGUGCUGGUGUUGGGCAAGAAAACGCUACCUUCGACCAAAGGCAGCAUUAACUAAGGCAUUAAGUACACUAUCAUCAGGUACUGUAGGUGGUUGGUAAUUGACAGUGAAUGGCUGGCUGGCUGCAUCGACAGUACUUUGCGAUUCUGCUCAAACAUACUCUGGAGUACUAGUAUUCGUGAGAGCUAUUGGCCAAAGUUACAAGUAUUCGUGAGA